CACACACACACACACUACUUCUAAAGGUAGUGUAAUGGCGUACACCACCUAUCAGCUGCCUUAACCACUGACCAAAAAUAUGUUGGGACUACCUAACAUGAUGUGUACGAAAAAAUGCAAACUCAAUAUAGAUGUAAAGUUUUGCUAACAUUUCUGGUACUUUACAGCAAAACUAACAGUAGUGUUAUGAAGUGAAUCAUAAUAUGAAACAUGUCAAAUGACUGCUCAAUCUCUGAAAGUUUCAAUUGUCACAGUGCAAAUGACAGGACUGCCAAAAGGAUUGAUCCAAAAAUCUCUCCAAAUUUAGGUUUUACACUAGGCACUGAAGUAUUAUGAUAUGCUCCGAGGCAUCCCACUAGGUAGUGUCCAUCACAAUGACAACAAGGUAUGUAUUAGUAAUUGCAAAGCCUUUUCCACCUUAUAUUUAAUUUAAAUGGAAUGCUUGUAAUUGUAAGUUUGAGAUUUUGUGUGAAGUUUCAAGUAAAGACCAUAAAAAUGUAAUGAAAUAUUCACAGAAUACUAUAAAAACAGGUGUAGUAAGAUGAUACUAAUAACAGUAAUACCUCCCAAAAAAAGUAACUUACUGAUAUCAAUAACCAGUUCAUAAAACUGGACCUGAGUUUACAUACCUAUAAUUAAAACAAGUUUUAAUCCCUAGCUUUCCCACAUAUACACAUUUCCUCACCAUAAGAUGGACAACAAAAAAGAAAAAAGUACAGGGGGCUGAGGAAAAACUAAUGUUGCUCCAAACCAUGAAUAAGAUAUUAUAAAGGCCAUGUAAAAAUUCUUGAAGUUGCACUACUGUCCCCCAGUUAAAAAGGAUUGUGCGUUUCAUUGAAAAACAAAUUUUCACCUUAUUCUCCCACUUAUCUCAUUCGUUAUUGCUGAAACAAUUUUAAAGGAGGUCUUCAUUCCCUUACACCAAACCAUUUAGCACCCUUGAGAUAAAAGGUCAUGUACCAAAUGCUAUCAAGGCAAAGUUUAUAUUGUAAGAUUUACGUAGCACAAACUUAAACUAAUUUGUCACACAUUGAAUUAUAAUGUGAUAGGCUGCCAACUGAUGUAAGAGUCUGCUGAAUCAGUUACAGCCUCAUAACCAUAUUAACACGUUUCUGCAGACUCUUAUCACGAGUUUGCAGUUGCAAAUUUUAUUUUAUUUUAUUUUAUCUUUUAAGCGACAUGUUGUGUAACAUUACACAAGAGAAACAAUGAUAGCCUAUAUGUCUGCUUAAAAUCCAGGUACAAAAAAUCAGUGAUUUAGGCUACCUUUCAUUUGAAUUUACAUAUAAACUGAAAAAAUGGCGGGUGUUCUAGCAAUAUUUAACUCAAUUUUUGCAAAAAUUCCUUUUUUGAUGGUAAAGAACAGAAACUCCAGUCAACAUUAUUUCUGUACUAUUUUGACUCGGAAACACUUACAAGCUACCUGUGCCACUUAAAGUGAUUAACUGCCUUUUAUAAAACAAUACAUGUAGUGCGACUCUGUAGGAUAAACUACUAUAGGCUACCAGUAUUUUAGGAAGUUUUACACAAAGGCAAACAGGAAAGUAAAAUACAGACAAAAAUCAAAACUGUCAACUUGACGGGUAAAAUAAAAUAUGUGACUGAACACGCUACAUACAGGUUUACUUCUGCAUAAAGAGCAUUUCUUUAACAUAUUUCACCUACUCAAAAUAUCUGUUAAUCGCUACUACUUAGGACGACUCAUAUUGACUAUAUCCAUGUCACACACACACACACACAAUCUGAAUGCGUAAUUCAUGCACAAGGAAUUACACAUUAUGUUCUGUUCAUUCAUCUUCAUUUUCAUACAAGUGAUUAAGUGACACUUUUCUUAGAGUCGAUUGAGAACUGUCUUUUUUGAUCUUUUUUGGCCUAGUUUUCUUUUCCAUCCCAACAACGUAUUCUGGCAUCACGAGUUUGGAGCUCCUGAAAACUGAAGUCUUUAAACUCUCCGUUCUACUUGCAUUCGAAGUUUCUUCUACCAGUUGUUCACUUGCUUUCUUUGCGACCUGAUGUGAAGGUUUGAAAAUGAUUCGUCUGACUUCCUCCUUGUUACCUUCUGGAGUUUGUUUCUGUUUCCUUUCUUCCAACUCUCGAAGAAAUGACAGAGCAGCAGCUGUAUUAGACUGAUUUGUCAUAUCGUCUGGCGACACAUCCCCGAGAGUAUACUUCACCCAUUUGUGCGGAUUUCUCUGAUGAUCUGGUAUAUCUCUAACACGAAAACGAGGAGGGAAGUCGAUUGGUUUCUUAAAAAUACUCUCUUUACCUCUGAAAUGUUUCGUUUCUGAUCUUUUCCUCUUUAGUGACACUCUUUCACAUGUGCUGUCGACUUCCAUAGACUCCGCACAACUCCUGUCAGGAUCUUCCUUUUCCUUUUCAUGUUUCUCCUUAUCAAAUGCGUUUAUUAAGUUCAAUAUGUUUCGCUGCUUUUCUACAAAGUCAGUAUUUGUGCUUCUUAUAUAGAACUUACAAUCCUGCAUCUUACGAACUUAAGUAGUAAUUAGGUGUGAGUAAAUACUACUAUUCGCUCCAUCCACUAUACAUAAUUUUUAUUAUGUUGUAAAUAAUGUAACACGCAUUAAUAGUUUUCACCGUUUUCGUUCCACUUUUCUCCUAAUCCUAAACAUACACUGUCUUCCUCAGUGAACAGAUUACAGACGUUAUUCACUUGACUAAACCAAAGAUUCCAAAUAUGUCCCAAGCAUCGUUUAGUUUCAGGUCUCUAUCAUCGUUUAGGUAGAAGAGAAAGUCUCAAAAAAAUCAAAUCAAAAAUUCAUAUUAUAUUAGAUGAGCCUAUUAAAAUCAGUGUACUGAAACUAGCAAAUACUCUGAAUGUCAUUUGUGGGAAAAACAAUGUACUUCAAAGAAUCGAAUUGCAUGACGUUUUAAACCACAAGCCGAUCAGCACAUUGCCAGAUGUGCUUCCAAAUUCUCCACUGUUACUAAGUGAUUGCAGUACAGCAAUUUCUCUUGAACUAAUAGAGAACUACUCUGAGUCCGAGAAGCAUACUGCAACAUGUACAGUUCGAGAUAAUCAUGUCAUUGUAGAGAUGCGUUAAAGGAACUAAUGACAGUUGAAGAACAGAGCUACAUAAUUUUUGCAGCUGUUUGUAUGCUGUGAAUGAACUAUAACAAUUUUAAUUUUGUGAGACUUUGUCCUGAUAAUUUGAAGUUCAGAGAAAGUACUGUAAUGGUUUUAUCAUAGCUUUUUAAGAAAACAUUUUAUGCUGUAGUUAUGUGUUUUUCUUGUGUUAGCACUGAAUUAUUAGUAAUGAGUAUGUCCUGUAGACCACAAACCUAGCUUUUUCUGAAGCAAGUCUCAACAACAGUAAAGUGAAAAAUGACAGUUCCAAAAAGAACUUGUGUAUAAAAACAAUGUUCCAAAAAUCAUUUUUUCUGCUGUACCAAAACUGUGUGCAGUCUAUUGUGAAUAUAUACCACGUUCUAAAAAUUCAGAUAGUGUAUGAGACCAAGAAAUUGUGUAUUGAAGUUUUAGCUGAUUUACAUUUAGAAGGAAAUGAUUAUAAUUUAUAAAAUAAAAUAAAAAAACUUCUGUUUUGUAUGAACAUCGGUGAACUUUUAAUAUUAAAGUCGUCAUUAAAUUAGAAGUGUGAGUUUUGAUAUGAAAAUUUUUGCUAACAAAUUUUCAUAUGCCACAAACAGUAAGAAGAUUAAAUCUGUACAAGAGAGGGAUAAUGUAACAUGUUCAGAAUUAGCAUACAACAAAAUAAAUCGUGAUGAAGUGUUGCAGUAUAGCAGUUCAGAUGCCACAACGGGCAGAAUAUCACCCUCUAAAAAAAAAAUUGAAUCUUUGCAUGUUUUUCGCAAUGUGGAAGGAAAUGUUACCAAUAGGGCCAGUAAAAGAAAAAGUUUAUCUUUGGGGAAGAGCAGAGUACAAACCAUUCAUAAACUUAAAGAACUACGUGUUGUUCUGAAAAGAUUGCCUGAACUGUGGUUAAGAAAAAAUCAGUUCACUGUUGGCAGAAUCAAUAAACUAUCAAAUCAAAAUAAAUAUACUUCCAGAAACAUAGCAGUUAAACUAAAUUCUUGUUCUGAUGUCAACAAAAGCAAUUGCACCAAAGCACAAGUUACAGAUAGUUCUGAUUCAUCAUCAACUCUAGAUGCAGUGCUUCACAAAGGAAGCACUGAUUCCUCAGCAGUACAGGAUGCUGAGCUGAUUUUGUUUUUGUCUAAGUUUAAAACAGAGCAUCCAGAAUUUUUAGUCAAGAAACUGCAUGUAUCUUUACACAAAUUGUCAAGUAAUUUACAUUCAUAUAAUUGGUCUCAGAUAGAAAACAUUUAUCAGAGAUGCAAAGAUUGCAACAUCAUUACUGUUCACAACACCAUUAAUCAAGAAAAUUCACCCAACCGAGCGGCAGUCAAUAAAAGUUCAACUCGGUUAGAAUCAAGUAAGAAACUGAGAAUUUUACAUGAGAAUGAAAGUUCUUAUGAAAAUUUGAAUGUGGUAGUUAAGAGAAAAAGACAGAGAAAGUGGCAUUUCAAUUGCAUAUUUUGUUCAGAUGAUAAUGAGACAGCUCAACAGAACCAUUUAUCCAAAAAAUGUAGAGGACUUGAAUCAGUGAAAACAUUUUCUCCUUUUGUGCUAACAGAGAUAGAAUUCAGUGAAAACGAAAUGGAUUCCUCAGAUACGUCUUAUAUUCCUGCUAAAGAAAGAAAGCAUACUGUUCAUGGUAAGCAAAAUAUCCAUAAUAAAGAAUUAUCGAGAUUGCGCAGGGUGUCGCCCAUGGAACUUAUAAACGCUGUAAAGUAUGCAAUGCAUUUGGCACUGACUGAGCCAUGGUUACAGCUGGAUGUGUCUGGUCCUCCAGAAUGCUGCGAAUCUCAACAUCAUAGGAUGGUAUUGCAUUGGAUGAAGCCAGAUAUAAGUAUGUCUGAUUUAUUCAGAAAUGCUCUGUCACAAGGUGUAUGGCUCCCAUCUUUACUUCACAUGAUGAUUUCUGCUGGGGCAAUUCCUCAGCCUGAGGAUGUGCAAAACAUUCUGCUGUUUGUCAUGACAUCAGAAGACCAGAUAGUAAAAGAAAAUGCAUUAACAAUAAUACAGAUGUUAUUUGAUGUAUGGCCUCCAUGCUGUCUCCAUACGGGCUCUUAUUACAGUUCUGUCUUCAGAAAGUCGCACAAGGUUGGGUGCCAGGAAUCUAAUGGAUUGCUCUUAUCCAUGGUUGCAGUCCUCCAUUCCCAGUUGAGUUGUAAGGUUGAGAUGGCAUCUGACUCGGUCACUUAUUCAGCUUUAGUCAUUAAAGUUGUUGUCAGUGCAUUGGCAGCUGAUGUGGCAAGUUGGCUUUCCCGACAUCAGACGAAGAAAAGCACAAAAACAGAAUAUGAGGUACCUCUUGCUCAGAUAGCCCUAGGGCAAGCAGGAGAUGCACAAAUACAAUUCUCUGACGUAAAGAUCAUUGUGAAACAGUGCAUCUGUGAUCGAAGAACAACACUGCAUCAUAAUGUUUUUAUGGAUCUUCUACACCUCAUUGCAGAAGUAUAUAGAAUACGCUAUGCAGUUCCACUUAAAGAAUAUCCAGGCUUAGGAACAAACUGUCAUUUGCUUGCCAGUGAGGUAGUUUCUCAAAUGGAACACUGUGGUAUGAAAAGUGAAAGCAUAGGCCAGUUUCUUUGUGUUUUGAAGCCUAAUUGGUUGUCGAUGCUUGUUGGUCAGAAGUUAUUGGAGAAACUUCAAGGACCACUGCGUGGAUCAGUGAUAGAUACAGUGACCAGUUACAUAUUGGAGUACAAAGAUUUUCUGAAAAGAGAAGUCACAUGUGAUGAACAGUAUGGAAAACAUAAGGUCAGCACCAAGGAUACAAAUGCAAAGAAAGUAAACAAGAGAGACUGCAAAGGUGAAGUGCAGCUGCAUAGAUCAUGUAGACGUGGAAAUGUAAAUGCUGUGCACAGAAUUUUAGAAGUGCCAGGUGUAGAUGUCAAUAUUUGUGAUAAUGCGGGUUGGACACCACUACAUGAAGCAGUUCACUACAGCCACACAGCUUGUGUGCAAGCACUAUUAAAUUUUAUACCAUCUCCUGGGAGCCCAUACGUUUAUACAGCAGCACGAGCAGAUUGUGGAACAACACCGUUGAUUAGUGCAGCAAUUGCCGGAGAUGCGGACAUGUGUCAUCUGCUGUUACAGCACACAGGCAUUGUGCUACUUGAAGAUGUUCUGGAAGGUAAUGAUAUAAAACCACAACUAAAGGAGCACAUACCUGAAGAAAUACAAUCACUGCUAAAGACAGCAAAACUGAAAUAUGAAAAUAUCAUAGAAAGACAUUUGGGAGUAUCAUUAUCAGUCGAGAUAUGGACUCGCCUGCAUCCUCUGCUUUUACCUCUUGUCUGCAGUCACAUGGCCACAUAUCAUGUGCCACUUGUAAGAAGUCAAUUUGGGCAAGUGCGGUGUGGUGCAGUGCAGGCAUCUUCUACUCAUGUUGAGUACUCAACUAUACGACAAAUCAUGAGAACUCUCCGAAGCUUUGAAAAAAUGAGAAAGGUUAUAAACCAGCUUUGUAAGUGGCAUGAAAUUCCAAUUUCAGCUUUACAUAAUUUUCAGAGCUACUUUUAAAAAAAGUAUUAAGAAAUUGGAGGCAUAUUAGCUCCUUUGUUGUUAGUGAAUUUGUGACUGCUUGUUGGUGUAUUGUAAGACAGAUGGCAUAAUUCAUUCCUUAAAAUGUGUUUAUGCCUAUGACAUCUCUGACUAGCUUCACAGUAGUACUGUCUUUUAAAUUUAUCUUCUCUGAUGGUUUCUUGUAUUUUAUUUGUAACUUGGAGGACAAAACACCUUUUAGGUGCAAAUAUUGGUAUCAUCACUUGUUCCCCGUAAGUCAUAAAUGUAGUGUCUCGUGAUCACAACCAAAGCUCAAUAUGUAUUUAGAGCAAUGAUCUUUUCUACUCUCUAUUCUUAUUUUUGGUUUGGAGCUAUUCAGGGGAACCUUCUAUUAUUGUUUCCAAAGUGAGUAGUCAUCCAAGACCAAAGUUGCAUUAUUAUUUUUACAAGUAAUAUUUACUUGCUAUAUUCAGAAGCAUACUUUAAUUGCAUGAAAAUGUAACACUAAUAAUUGUAAGAAUCCUAUUUUAAGUGAUAAAACUGUUUUGAAACUGAUGUUGUCAUUCCAGUUUAAUUAUUUUGAUUACAUCAGCUAUUUUAGUUGCUAAUGUGAUGAUACUUUUUGUUUGUUUUAGCUUGUAUUUGAUACAGCCACAUUUCCUUUUUUGCAGACUAGGGAUUUCAAUUUUUUUUAAAUAAAUAUAUUAUUUAAUAAUAUCAUUGACAUUCACAUCCACCUCAAAAUAGACCAUAAAGUGCUUUGUGUAAUUGCCUUGUCAUCACGUGGAAUGUUUGUGGACAUAGAUGCAGAGUGCAGAAUGUCUGAAAAUUAAAUGGUAAAUUUCCUUGACUACUCAAAAUAUAUUAUAAUUUAAGAUUGCAGGUUUUGUAACUAAUCAGUGUUUCAGAUUCUUUAUAGAACAUAAAGCUAUUACAGAGCCAUUGGUUUAAAAAUACUCAAACAAUGGAAAAUCAAGGAUGGAAUGUAACAAUAUUAUGAGAAGGAAAGUUGUUACCAUAUAGCGGAGGUGUUGAGUC